AGAGAUUUUGUCGAAAUUAUUCUGCACGAAUAUUUUCACGGAUUGGGCUUCAGAAGUAAUUGGGAUGAUUGGUCAAAUUCUCAAGCUCUAUACCCAUUACCAACUUUCCGAUCGGAUCCACAGAAUUCCAGUUUAUUAAUAUUUGAUGGAUUUAAGGAGACUGCAUUCGAUAAAUAUGUAGUAUUACUUCCAUGCAAACAACAUAUAUCAAAAUUUAAUGCUCAAUUGAACUUAUUCGCUGGUGGACCUGGUGCAAAAUUCCAAAACAAAUCUGAUUUUGAUUUACAAUUUCGUAAUUCCACUCAAUACAAUGAAAUUGCAAAGAAAAUGUUUAAUAAUUCUCAAACUGAUAAAUCAAUGGGAUUCCUACCUCGUUAUAAAAAAAAUGUAAAAAAUGCUGUCAUACUUGAAACUAGUUUAAUGCCAUACAUUCGUGGUUCUA